AUGGAAUUUCGUACGCCGACCAAGAAACGCCGACACAGUUCUCCGCUACCGUCGAUUGAUCGCUACUCUGCUAAACGUAGGAGACUAUCCGGGAUAACGCCGGAGGCACCGAAUAGUUUCAGACAGGAUAACCCUUCCGCUAAGAGUCGGGCAGUAGGAUGCUCUGACCGGUUCAUAUCUCUAAGACCGGAGGUCUCCAUACCCCUCUUCAUCAGUCCCCGGACCGAGCGUUACACCCAAUUCUUUGGUUUGAAAGGCCGAAAUGUGCUCUCCUUCGAAAAGAAGAGCUCCGGAGAACACGAGAAUGCGCCAUUCCGAUCGCUCUCCUCGCACGCUGAAGCGAUCUCUGUCGGUACACUGGCAAUACCGGCCACCUCAGCAUUCGCAAAUCUAGUCAAUACAAGGCAAGCCGUUCUGGCCUUGGACGGUUCUGGGAUUAGCCAAGACAUAUUUGCGCAUCCUCUGACAUGGUCGUACAAGAACGUCCUAGCGGUGGCAUGCGAGAUAGACUUAUACUACCAGGAUCUUACUACCCGUGCAGUCUCGCGACUCGGCUCUCUUUCAGGUCCUUACGGCGACUACCGCGCCGUCGAGUGGGCCGACCGACACGAAGAGAACACCCUUGCCGCCGGAACAACGUCUGGACUGGUGGAACUAUGGAAGCUUGGUGGGAAGGAUCCGGUGCGUCGAUGGUCAACAGACAAUUCAACUGGCAGCGUUGGAGGGAUGGCCUGGAACGGACAUGUUGUUGCGGUCGGCACACGCGAUGGAUCCGUCACGCUGUAUGACACGAGGACGCCGGGUCCGGCAGGCAUUGUUCAUGCGCACAAGACGAAGGUGCACGGCGUGAAGUGGAGCAUGGACUGGAAUUAUUUGGCUACGAGUGAUGACUCGGGUGAAGUUUGUAUUUGGGAUUAUCGGAAAGGCCGCGGGUUGUUCGCAGGGAAGAGUCUAGGGAGGAUGAAACAUGACGGACCCGUAAAGGCCAUCGCGUGGUGUCCAUGGGACGCAGACAUACUCACCACGGGAAGCAUGUACCCAGAAGGAGCGAUCAAGACCUGGAGCAUCAAGUCCGUCGCUGCAUCGAUAGUCCCAAACUCUGUGCCCAAGCGAACUAUUAACCUCGAUACCUCCGUAACGUCGGUUCACUGGUCGUCUCAUUGUAAGGAGCUCCUGAGCACUCACGGGCGCUCCUGGCGACCGAGCGAUCGGCCGAGUACGGGGACUCGACCGCCCAAGCCCAUUCCCGUCAUCUCUCCCCUGUCCAACUCGCUUACCGUGUUCAGGUUCCCAUCGUAUGGUCGUCUCGUAAGCGUAAAAUCACAUGGGAAUCCCAUCGGCACAAGCGUCGUCAGCCCGGACGGCACCUCCGUCUUCACUGUAUGCCCUAAGGAAGAGAAUAUGAAGCUGUGGAAAGUCUGGAGUGCUGCACCGAAGAAGGAGAAGGAGAAAACUAUGUAUUCGCAGAGCAUGAUCCGCUGA